CCCAUGCAUGCACACCACACAAUCCUGGCUUGAUCAUUGUAUUCAUUCUUACACGUUUAGUUGUGUGGUUCUGGACAGGACACCGGGGCACACAAGGUCCAUGACGAAUGUUUGCAGGCGUUAUUGUGAUGUUGUAAUGAUCGUUAAUGUCAAAGGAACCACUGCGUACCCUCUUGGCCCAAACAUUUCCAAAGGAGACAUUACAGAUCGAUACCGUUUUGUAAUUGCUCUUCUACGACUUCUGACUGUCCCAAGGAGACAGAUGAUGGAAUCUUGAAGAUUGUGUGACCAUCAUAGAGAGCCAUUAAUGUUCUUCCUAACUCACUCCAUAGUGUGGUCACACCUUGUGGUAGUCCGAACUGUUUCUGGAGUUCCACAACAAUAACGGGAGAGAGUCUACAAACUUUGUUAAUCAAUUGUUCGAAAUAUUCGGAUACUUGAAUUGGCAAUAUGGCAAAGUCGAUACCAACGCGGUUACUUGGACACUGCCUCGUCCUUUUGGCGAUUACUCGAGUAACCAUUAACGGCUUCGAGUUCUACUGUCUGGACUCGAUAUCUCAAUGUGAUUGCGACCAGACGAAACUUCACGUGGACUGCUCCAAUAUGGGUUUCAAUGACGUACCCCUUACUGAUAUGCCCAACGACACUUCGUCAUUUAGUUUUGGCGGGAACAACCUCGCUGUUCUAUUUCAGGACACCUUUGUUAAAUUUAAAUCAUUAUUGAGUCUUUCUUUGGAUAAAAACAUCAUUGGAUUCAUUGAAUCCGGGAGUCUGGUUGGACCAUCGAAUCUUAAGAGAUUAGAUUUGUCCGGCAACAGACUGUCAACAUUCCCGUUAGCCUUGCGUGUCCUGACGUCAUUAGAGGUUCUUAAUUUGAGCGGGAAUGCUCUGGCUUACUUGUCCGCAGACGACUUUCAGUACUUCCCACAACUGGAAACUCUGAGGCUUGAAAACAAUGCAAUAUACUCUAUCCCCGGGACGAUCUUUGAACCAUUGCCUAAUCUCAGCCUCCUGUACUUGAGCGGGAACUUGCUAAGCACCGACCCGAUUGGCUGGUUCAAAACAUGCACGGUGCUUACCCAUCUGAGUCUGUCGUACAAUUCCCUUCCUUUGACCUCCAGUGUUGAGGACUGGUUUGAGGUCAGUUCGAAUAUCCCUCUUGAGGAGUUACAGCUUGUUGGCAACGACAUGGAAGCUGUUCAAGAGGAGACUUUCAGGAGCUGUGUUAAUCUGAAGGAGCUGCAUCUUGAUUUCAAUCAUAUUGAAACAAUCGAGAACGGCAGUUUUAAAGACCUGGUACAGCUUCAAAAUUUAACCCUCGGCUCAAAUCAUCUGACUGAGUUACCAGAUGGCCUGUUUCAGACCACAGAGGGCGUUUUAACCCUUACUUUGAAAGGGAACGCUCUGUCCGAGUUGCCAUCUGUCUUAUUUGAUGGAUUGAGCCAGAUGACCGAGCUGAAUUUGGCGGGAAAUCGGUUGGUAAAUGUGUUCACCACUUCGUGCGUUGAAGCCAGGAACACUGUGGUUUCUUGCGUUUCCAGCUCACCAUACUUGCCCGCAUUGACUAGCCUGUAUCUAGAAGGAAACUCGUUAGCCUCUGUGCCCGAUGUUGCUAACUUCAACAAUUUGGUAUCACUCGAUCUUAGUAAUAAUGUAUUGACACACAUUGUAGAGUAUGCCUUCAAUGGAACAUCAAUGAAACUGAUUCAUCUCCACGAUAACCUGCUGUCGACGAUAUCACUCGAAAACUUCCAGCAUUUGCCUGAUUUGGAGCAAGUGACGAUCUCCGGUAACGAAUGGGACUGCAACUGUUCGCUUCAUUGGUUAGUCGACCCAGAGGCGGAUAAGAUCGUCUGGAAGGAGGCUCUAUUCAAUGACAUUAUCUGCUCCACGCCCAAUAUUGCCAAGUACCUGGACCUACCAACCUUGUACCUCUACCGUGAGUCUUUUCGAGACAACGGGCCCUUCGCUUCGUGUAAGGUGGUGGAUUGGGUAACCAUCGUCGUCAUCAUUGCAACUUGGUUCGUAGUCGGGGGUCUUGCAUUGAUAUGUUACCUCCGGCAUACGGUUAGCUAUAGAAAAGGGUACCACACCCGGACUGUGAGGAAAAAGGUUAAGCUGCCGGAGAAACCAGCGUCAAGUCCACUCCCAACCGCCGCCUUCCUGAACGCUGGUUCCACGAUUGAUGAGCUGGAUAGAAGCACCGCCACUGACAUUACUUAUGUUGCGAGUCCAAGCAGGACUGAGAGCCGUAUUAAUGAAAAAUCUAAAGACAAACCAACCAUUACUCCGAUAGAAGUUGACACGCGAGAAGUCCCAGGAUCUAAAACAAUCAAACCUCCGAAAUGGUCUGUUGCGGACACACCAGUCUAAACUUCAAAGUGAGUUACUUUAAUUUACUCAGAUUACAACCUGCUUCAACAUCAAAAAUUCACUGCAAAAUUGGGGUGUUAGUUGUCACAAAAUAUAUAUCUAAGAGAGAACCAAAAAUAAUCACAUGGUGUUAAAAUAAAACCAGUAAACAUGUUGUUUCGGUAGCCAUAAGUGUUAUUUUAACACCCUGUGGUGUACAUUUUUAUUCUCUCUUCGGUAUCUAUAAUGUGACAACACCCAUGGUGUCAAUUUUAACACCCACAUCUACUAUAUCGUUUCGGUACCCGCUGCC